AAAGAAAUAAAUAAAAAAAACAACAGCAAUAACCACGAGUUUAGGCCAAACUUGGAUACCCUGCACCUGGCUACACCGGAACGAAGCUCCCACAAUCUGACGCCGUUUGUCAACUACUUCAUCAGGGACACAGAGGGCACGUGUCCACCACAACUGCGCCCUCACGAGGAAACGAACCACCUGGUACAGCGUGGGAGCUGGCGGCGUCAGUCAACAACCUCACCACCACCACCACCACCUCCACCACCUCCUCCUCUUCCGUCACCUAUAAAUCUUACUUCGCUUUGCGCUUUCUGUACAUUAAUCUAAAUUUUGCUCAAAUCUCCUCAUCAGCAAAACCUAAAUUUCAUUUCUCAGAAAUUAAGACUUAAAGCGAAGCUUUCUUUAAUGGCGAGGGGAAACUGUUAAGAGUAUUAAAUAUGUCUGUAGCGGAACUCAAAGAGCGCCACAUGGCGGCCACCGAGACUGUGAACUCUCUCAGAGAACGCUUGAAGCAGAAGCGACUUUUGCUUCUAGACACUGAUGUGGCGGGAUACGCAAGGGCACAGGGGAAGAGUCCGGUGACCUUUGGACCGACGGAUCUGGUGUGCUGCAGGACGUUGCAGGGGCAUACGGGGAAGGUGUAUUCAUUGGACUGGACUACAGAAAAGAACCGAAUUGUCAGUGCUUCGCAAGAUGGCCGGUUAAUAGUUUGGAAUGCCCUGACAAGCCAGAAAACUCAUGCCAUAAAGCUGCCUUGUGCAUGGGUCAUGACAUGUGCUUUUUCUCCGAGUGGGCAGUCUGUUGCCUGUGGCGGUCUAGAUAGUGUAUGCUCAAUCUUCAAUCUGAAUUCCCCCACAGACAAGGAUGGCAAUUUAGCAAUGUCAAAAAUGCUUAGUGGACAUAAGGGUUAUGUGUCCUCUUGUCAGUAUGUCCCAGAUGAGGACACUCACCUAAUAACCAGUUCUGGUGAUCAGACAUGUGUUCUAUGGGAUAUUACCACAGGGCUCAGAACUUCUGUGUUUGGAGGUGAAUUUCAAUCUGGACACACUGCUGAUGUAUUGAGUGUCUCAAUUAGUGGAUCAAACUCAAGAAUGUUUGUAUCUGGUUCAUGUGAUGCAACUGCCCGUUUGUGGGACACUCGUGCUGCAAGUCGAGCUGUGCGUACAUUUCAUGGCCAUGAGGGAGAUGUUAAUACUGUGAGGUUCUUUCCAGAUGGGAAUAGAUUUGGGACUGGCUCAGACGAUGGAACUUGCAGAUUAUUUGACAUCAGGACAGGUCACCAACUCCAAGUAUAUUAUCAAGAACAUGGUGAUAACGAAGCCCCACACGUGACCUCCAUUGCAUUCUCCAUAUCAGGCAGACUUCUCUUUGCUGGAUACUCAAAUGGGGAUUGCUAUGUCUGGGAUACUUUAUUGGCAAAGGUGGUUCUGAACCUGGGAUCUCUCCAAAACUCACAUGAUAGUCGGAUCAGCUGUUUAGGUUUGUCAGCUGAUGGGAGUGCCUUAUGUACAGGAAGUUGGGACACAAACCUUAAGAUUUGGGCUUUUGGAGGACACAGGAGAGUGAUUUGAGUUGUUAAAGGAGAAAAUGGCCUCCAAGUUACCUUCUGUCCCUGGUCUGUGGUUCUUAUUGUAUUUUCAAUGCAGUGUAGUCCCUGGGGUCCCAUUUUGUAUCGAGUCGCUUACUGUGGGCUGAGGAACCAUAACCGUGUACUGCUUCUUGUAAUCCUCAUUUGAAAAAUUGACAGUUGGAUUAUUAGAGAGAAAAAAGGGGGAAUGUUGCUGGAGAACUUGGAACUGGAGGGGUUAUUUGUUUGUUUAUGUGCAUCUACAAAAAAAACUUGCCUGA